CUAGGGCGAGGGGCGCAACCUAAACAAGUGCGCCACACCUCCGUCGAGUUCCAGCAACAGAGCUGUGUGUCUUGUCAGCAGUCGGCACCGAUAUCAAACAUAUAGCCAUGCUGAAGAGUGUCCACGCCGAAGAAGGUUUGCGGGAGUACUUGGAAAGCUUAGCACCUGAGGAUGGUUUCAUAUUGGGUCUCAUCCUGGGUCAGCGCUGUCAGCAGCAUGACUACGUCAUCCAUCUGCCUCCAACCCCGAAUUUUGAAUAUAGUGACACGGAGGAUGACAAGCCAACAAACCAAGUGGUUAAGUCACUGGCUGACUUGAAUGCUCACAAUCUUCAGUCACACGUUGAAAAUGUAUCCGGACUUCUCUCUGGUGGGCACAACAUCCUUGGAAUUUACUCGGUCAGCAAGGCCAGCAGUGUCAAUGGAGUCCUUGAUCCUUCUCAGUUGAAAAAAUUGGAGUCCUUGACAUCAAAAUUGAGCAGCCAACUUCCAGAGAAGCUGGUGAUGCAUUACAACACCGCUAGCAAAAAAGCAACCUGCAAAUAUCUGGACAGCAAAUCACGGCUCAAUAAUUUAGACUUUAAAUUCCAAUCUAACCCCAUCAGGUGGGAGGAGAUUGAUGCUCGUUUUGUUUUUGAUUUCAAGAUUCCUCUCCCUGCUGGUGGGAAAGGUGUCACGUCCACCAAGACUAAUCUAAAGGCGCUGUUAGAUGAACAGGAGCAGUUGCUAAAAGAGGCGUAUUGCCUCAUUGGUGGCACUGUCCCUAGUUCUGAAUCAACCUUAGAUUCCAUCUCGGGUGGACUUGGAGAUGAGGAGGAGUCCAGAUUAGAGGCCGAAUUUCUGAUUCGUGGCCCCAUAGAAACCAAACUGACAAAAAUUAAGUGUUCUGGAGUGUUGAAUGUAGGCGGCCACGUUCAUAGCCGUACAUUCCUGCAUCCAAAGACCACUGUUGAAGACGCUGUCACUUGUCUGAAGGAGGACAUCAUCAGAUCUCUCAGAACCAGAAUUGACUUGCAUACAGAUUCAUUGGUUGAGGAGGAAGAGGGCAGCCCUGAGGAAAGGGUAAUCCAACAUGAUCUACCCAGAAGGGUACUUUUCUCACUCCCGUACUCUGCUGCUAAAAUAUCAAACUAUUUGCUCCCCGGAGAAGAAUCACAAGACUCGCAAGCGUCCCUUGAGCAGCUCCUUGGCUUUGUGUUUGAUGAUGAGGCAGAAGAACUGGAAGACGAGGUUGAAGACCCUGAACUCAUGCUGCAACCAGAGGAUCGGGAGAUGACUCCCAUGGGCAUUGAGCAGGCUAGCAAGCCCAAUAAUAAUGCUCUAUAUAUCGCGAUUGGCGCGCUGGUCCUUAUUUUUGCGAUAACUGCAAACGUUUUCCUCAGCAGCAAGUGAUAUUGUCAGUGCCUAUCUUAUAUAUAGGUAUGUUAAUCGUUUUCUUAAAGCAGUGUUCUCUGCAUAUUUCAUUUUCAGUUUGUAUUUUUUGUAUAAAAAUAUAGCAUGAUUAUUGAUUAAUGCUACCGAUUCGCUCUUGUUGUGAUAUAAUAUACUGUGGCUAAUAAUGUGAAUAAAAGUUCAUUUGCCUUCAACAAAAUAUUUUAAAUAAAACUCGAAUGCCUUUAUCUUUUAUUAAUAAAAAUUAUGAAAAAAACAUGGGGUUAAAAAUAAUGGUAAAUUUAAAGUUUGAAUUCUUAAAAUUGCACGAUUUAAUUCAUAAAUAAAUUUUAAGAUCAAUUUUUGGCGCUGUUGAAGUGAUGUAAUUUGGAAACUGGAUUAUUGGGUACAACUAUUGUCAAAACUCCUGAGUCAUCUGAGUUUUGCAUGGUCCCCAAUAGUUGAUAGAUAUGCAGCAUUUUUUUAAAUCAGAGUCGAAUAUGUUUAAAGCAGAUAGAAGUUCUUAUAUAACAAUUAACAACUGCAUUUAUUUUGUUAUCGCGCUUUCCCCACCUUAUAACCUUUAAUAUUUAUACUAUACUCUAGUGCGCACACUCCUAAACUUUCGAAACUUCGUGCAUCCGUCCAUCACUGUUGUUAACCAUCACAAGGCUAACACUAGUUCCCAAGUCGAACUUUGCUCUUCAAAGCUAACGUUUGACUAUUUCGACCACAACGCUUCUUAUUGAUUAUCAUUUGAUAAGUGAUCGGCUAAAUAAGCAGGUAGACAAUAUGUUUUCAUCUGUAGCCCUCAGGCAAUUAAAAAAAUCGCCAAUCUCAAUACUAA